AAGUAGGUUUCCAAGCAGAGCCGACAUGGAGCGUCCAGAGGGAAGACUGCAUGUGGCUUUGCUGCUUUUUCUGCCUCUUCUGAGAGUCAGCUGUGUCUCCCAUCACAAAACUACAGUCUCCUGGUGUGUGCUGUCUGACGCUGAGGAGCAGAAGUGUUUGGAUUUGUCCGGUAACGCUACAGCCAGGAAUGUGAGGGGAACGCUGCAGUGUGUCCGCGGUCUGAGCACCAGGGAUUGUAUAGACAAAAUCAGGAACGGGACGGCAGACGCAGCCUCCAUGCCUGCAGAUGACAUCUAUGCGGCGGGACUCUGCCAUGGUCUGGACCUCGCGGCAGGAGAGUCUCACAAUGGAGUCGAUGGCAUCGGCUACCAUGUGGUGGCAUUGGCCCGCCGCUCCUCCUCAGACCUGUCCCUGCUGGAGAUGCACGAGCGUAGCUCCUGUCACCCGGGCAUACGAACCACCGUGGGCUGGACCGUUCCCAUCGGCUACUUGGUUAACACGUCCCAAAUCAGCGUGGGAGAGCAGUGCAACUUCCCCAGAGCGGUGGGGAACUUCUUCGGUUACAGCUGCGUACCUGGUGUCAAGGACCCUCAGCACGAUCCCAGAGGCAACAACCCAAAGAACCUUUGUGAGGCCUGUAUAGGAGACGACAACGACCGGCACAUCUGUGCCAACAACCACAGAGAGAGGCAUUAUGGGGAGGCAGGGGCGCUGAGGUGUGUGGCUGAAAACCUUGGCGACGUUGCUUUCGUCAAACACACGACAGUUUUCGACAACUUAGAUGGUAAGAACCAGGAGUCCUGGGCCUUGGAUCUGGAGCUGGAGGACCUCAAGCUGCUGUGUCCAGAUGGAACCGAGGCGGGUCUGGAAGAGUAUGAGCGAUGCCACCUGGCAGCGGUCCCCGCCAACGGUGUUGUCGUCCGCGUGGAGGAUAAGUGCCGCGUCUGGAAAUACCUGGAACGUUUACAGAAUGCAUUUGGCAACGCCACCGAGGGCUUCAGCCUGUACAGCUCAGCAGGCUACGGCCAAUCGGAUCUGCUCUUCAGUGAUGCCACCCACCACCUGCAGAGAGUUCUGGGUAGCUACACCUCUUGGCUGGGUCCCACUUACACCACCAUGCUGCAGGCCUUUGAGUGCGAGGGGUUCUGCUGAUGGAAGAGGCGGAAGACACCCAGACCAUCAUAUUCAACCCCAUCUUGCUGUCUCCAUCCUCCAGUUUUGUCUUCGCUUCUUAGCCUUCCUUGUUUCCGUGUUAGUUUUCAUGUUUGUUUUCUCCCUGCUUUUCACCACCCAAAUCUCCAUUUUCAUAUAAAUCCCUGCCCUCCUCCAGCUUAGGAUGUCCUCUAAUAUGCUGGCUGGCAGGGCAGGACGAUGCUCAGAGGGGCUAAUCGCCUAUUAAAAAUGUCCAUGAAACUCGACACAGCAUUUUAAUAAUAGGAUGCUGGAAAGAAAGGAUGGGGGAAAUAAAGUAAUAAAAGAGACAUAUGAUAAACAGAGAAGAAAAGAAUAGCAUGUUAAUGAUUUUAUUGCAACGGAAAGAUUACCCGUUUUUUCAAAGCAGAUUUUUUAAAGAUUAAAAGUGACCCCCCACCUCCCAAUCCCCAGAAUUCAUUAACGUACCCCAAAUAAGUCGUUUGUUGGGAAACUGCAUGGUCCGUAGUGUGAGCCUCAGCACCACUUUCCCGUCCACCUCCCACAGGGUCUGUCUCAAAAACUAGGUGCUAUUAACUUUGAGCUUCAGACUCUCAGUUACUGUAAGUGUGUGUCUGUAAGCACAAAUGCUUUCCCACAGCCAUUAUUGCCCUUAAUUGGCAGUCUGGCAUAUUUUGCUGUUUAUGUACAACAGAGGAAAAGUGUGUGUGUGUGUGUGUGUGUGUGUGUGUGUGUGUGUGUGUGUGUGUGUGUGUGUG